UAAGUGGGAGAAAAGAUGGACUAUGUGUAUGGACCGGGAAAGAACUAUCUCUUUAUUCCGGGGCCGGUUAACAUCCCAGAACCGGUUAUUCGGGCCAUGAACAGGAACAAUGAGGAUUACCGUUCCCCUGCCAUUCCUGCAAUGACAAGAACUCUUCUUGAAGAUGUCAAGAAGAUUUUCAAAACUACCACCGGCACUCCCUUUUUGAUCCCAACUACAGGAACUGGUGCAUGGGAGAGUGCACUUACUAAUACCCUGUCCCCUGGAGAUCGAAUUGUAUCUUUCCUUAUUGGACAAUUCAGUCUGCUGUGGAUUGAUCAACAACAACGCCUCAAGUUCAUCGUCGAUGUAGUUGAAAGCGAGUGGGGUCAAGGUGCGAACCUUGACAUUCUGGCGAAAAAACUUGCAGUUGAUCACGCCCACACAAUCAAGGCCAUUUGCAUUGUUCACAAUCAUGCAACCAAAAAAUCUUUGUUAACAACAAUGCAACAAUAA